AUGUCAAAUGAUACCCAGAAGGCAGACCAGAUAGCCCUACAUUUCUACACCAAGCUCUUCUACGUCGUCAACGAUGCCAGGAAUAUCAAUAUCACGGAAACUAACCUGAACUCGAAGAUCGACAAAUGGUUCAACUUGGAGACCCCAGACUCUGAUCUCUUCACCAGAGACGCCAGGGAACCGUACAAAUCUCUUUCUUCUGCUUCGCCACCACCUCUCGAGAUUCAGGUUCUUCUUACCAUCCCAGAGUUGACGAAUAAUCAAGUCCUUGUAUAUCAAGCUCCAGAUUCAUCCAGAGUGCGCGUCACCCCAACUCCCAAGUCCAUCUUACUCGAACGUUGGGUGCUCGCUUUUACACCUCGCGACCAUCAUGACUCUCUUGACGCGGAAGAACACGUGCAUGUAGCUCUACCCACCAUCUACAAGCACGGUAUACCCUUGUUCAGGAGCCUCUACAGCCUUUUGCGCAUUUUACCCGCAUGGAAACUCUGUAAGCGCCUACGGAGGCGGGGCAUGGCACAGAUCAAUCGUGGAAAUGGUUUAGGUGUUCAAGUUCGUGUGCGUGAAGCUGUCAAUGACAGGAUUCUCGAAUUCGAUGUUCCGCCAUCUUCAUCAUGCCCUCCAUUGAGUACAAGCGCUCAUUCGUUUCCAUCAGUCCCUUUACCUAUGGGAACUCUUACCCUGACAUCCACUUACCUCUCCACGCCUAACUUCAAGGUGGAUGAACUAGAAAGCCUCCUUAGUUCCAAUUUCAUGUCGCUCGAUGUCGGUCCAGAAUUCACGCCCACUUUGGUCAAGAAUCAACAGCGCGAUUCCCUGCUCUCCACGCAUGAGGGCUCUCCAGGUAGUCUGCCCAUGCGUACGUCGCUACCACUUUCCCCGCCGAGAGAGAUUUCGCGUCCGACUUCGAGGCUUCCUUCUACUUCAUCCCGACCAGCUUCACAACUUUCACCGGAGGAUGCGGAUGCCAUCGCUGAUCGAUUUGUGCUUCCUACACAAACAGCGCAAAUGCAUUAUACGUCUUCAUCCCCUCCUCUGCCAUCGACACAAAGGGUAUUCCCUAUCACUCGCGCUACGACGACGACUUCUACCACGACUACCACAUCUCUCCUUUCUGCAGCCAGACUCCGCAAAGAAUCCUUACAGCGUCCCAUGGUGUCUGAUACAAACCUUCCCAGUGCCAUCUCGACGACCUCGACCUCUUCUCAACCAUUCCCAUCCUCCUCGGGUUCUAUUCCCCCGCUGCAAACCGGUUUGACCCCCGGAGCUACAUCUCAAACAUCCCCGAUAUCUGUACGGAGACCGGGGCUUAGCCCUGUUAACCCAUUCAAGUCGGGAACGCUCGUCGAUCGUACUGGUGGGAACAGUUCAAGUAGCCUAGGUCUCGUUGGUACCGGUGGAUCUCCUUCUUCGUUCUCGUCGUCAUUGAGAAAUCAGGUUGGUGCUGUCGAAGGGUCGCCAAUGAGCUCCACAGGUCUACCAUCCUUACCGAAUUUCUUUCGUGUUAGUGGGCCAGGUAGUAGUAGUGGUAGUGCUACUGGAAGCGCAAUUGUAGGACCACCGCCGCAUUCGCCCGCUCCUGGAAGCAGCGUUGGAAGUGGUGUUGGGGGAAGCCGGCCGUCUCCACCGUUUGCGCCCUCAAGCCUGAGUGACCGAGGUGGUGGGGGCACUGGUGUUGGCAGCGUUGGAGGUGGAGUUGGGGGUGAGAUACCUGUGCCACCGCGUAAGAGAUACUCCUCUUCCUUUGGGCACCGGUAUUCCGUUGGUUCCACGGGUUCCGGUGGAUCUGCUGGAAGUGGACCAGUUGCUGUCAGUGGAGAAGCAAGUCCAAGUCCAAGAAUGCAACUGAGAGAGCUUGCACCGGCGCAUAGUCGAACGAGCAGUCUGGGGCAAACGAGUAUAAGGAGCACUACUGUGGUGGCGGGUGCAAGAGGUGAUGGUCAAGGGAGCUCUUCUUUCCUUGGGACCACGACAGAUGAUGACGACAUCUCGGUGUUUGUUCAAGAUAUCGAUGCAAGAAAACCGUUGAUCGGAAGGUCGAGAAGUCUUGUCAAGGGGGGGAAUGAGGACACGCAUUCUUGUGAUUUGUCGGUUGACGUGGACAAGGAUCAAGACAACUCGAACGCGAAUAAGGAAUUGAUGGAAAGCGAUGACAAUGAAAGGACCGUUAGAGAACACGAACAUGAAAAGGACCGGAGAGGAGAUUUACCGCCAUCCUUCUCGAGCUCGGGGCCUAGGCGUCAGUCCAGUACUAUCAGCUCUACCGGAUCUGGAUCUGGGACUACCAUUGGUGCAGCAACAAUACGACCCACCUCAGAGGCUGAUGUCGCCCAUCCAGGUACCGGUGUUGUGGGGCCUACGCCGUCAUCUCCUCCGGCGGGGUCAGGACCGAUGUUGACAAGUGAAAUAGAGGUGGACGAGAAGUUGAAGAGGAUGAAUGAAGUAUUUUUGGCCAGUCUUGAGGGUCUUGGUGCAAGAACCUCGCGUGUCAUGGAGAAACCACCUCCAUCGUUGGAUUUUUUAGGCCAGCAAUCAUCGGCGCCAGCGUUAUCGUCGCCUGUGUCUCCAUCUACUGGGGCAUAUCGUGGAAGCGGUAUAGGUAGUACUGGGAGCCCUUUGCAUAAUCAAUUACAAUUCAACAUCCAAUCGGAAUCCGGUGGUGGAGAUUCUGAGCAAGGAUCCCAAGAGGUUAUUGGGAGGUUGGAGUUGGGGAGUGGAAGGGGAUUGAGCGGGAAGUGA